AUGAGCAGCAGCGAGCCCUCCACCCCGGCACAGACCCCCUGGGGGCCCCAUCAUCCCCUCACCCGGGGGCUCCUCUCCCCUUCAGCCCCCCCACCUCCACUCCCCAGCAAGGAGGAGGAGUCUCUGCGAGGUCAGGUGAAGGAUCUGGAGGAAAAGUUAGAGACUCUGAGGAUGAAGAGGACAGAGGACAAGGUCAAGCUGAAGGAGCUGGAGAAACAUAAGAUCCAGCUGGAGCAGCUCCAGGAAUGGAAGACCAAGAUGCAGGAGCAGCAGAACGACCUGACAAAACAACUCAAAGAGGCCAAGAAGGAGGCGAAGGAGGCCCAGGAGGCGAAGGAGCACUACAUGGAGGAGAUGGCGGACACGGCUGACGCUAUAGAGAUGGCCACACUGGACAAGGAGAUGGCUGAGGAGCGGGCAGAGUCCCUGCAGCAGGAGGUGGAGUCUCUGAAGGAGAAACUGGAAGAGCUCGUCAUGGACCUGGAGAUCCUCAAACACGAGAUAGAGGAGAAAGGUUCAGACGGUGCUGCUUCCAGUUACCAUGUGAAACAGCUGGAGGAGCAGAACGGCAGGCUGAAGGAAGCUCUCGUCAGGAUGCGUGACCUGUCUGUGUCGGAGAAACAGGAACAUGUGAAGCUCCAGAAGCAGACAGAGAGGAAGAGCACAGAGCUGGACACCCUGAGGACUCAGAGAGAGAAACUCCAGGAGGAGAUGAAACUGGCCGAGAGGACCAUCGAUGAACUCAAAGAACAGGUCAGCAAACAGCACAUGGUUAUAAGGUUCAUCUACGUUUUCAUGGGGAAUGUCACCCUGGGCUUGUUUUCCAUCAGGUCUUUCUAG